GAAGCUUGAAGUUGCUUCUGUCUUGGGGAGAGGUCUUUUGGGCUACUGCUUUUUCCUCUUUUAAAAAAGCCAAGCGUUUGAUCACCGUUGACCUGCAGAAGUGAGUUUGUAUCGAAGAAGCUCCAGCUGCUCUCUCCUGAUUGCCAGCAACCCGGCGGGGCUCUCUUAGUGUGAGCUACUUCUCAGGCCGGGCACGACAGCAGUGCUAGCCAAUUUGAAAAAGCAAGGAACAGCCACUGCAUGCAGAGCUUCCAGCCUUCCAGCCCCCCAGGCUAGUCUUCCAAGCAGCUGAGUAGCCAGUGACCCUUGGUAUUGUGGUCACAUCCCUCCUCCAAAGUGAACAGUCACCGUUGCGCCGUGCGGAGGAAGCCGUGAUGUUGCAGAUGCUGUGGGAUUUUCUGUCAAGCUUUCUCCCCAGGGCUGGGUGCCGCGGCUCCAGGGAGGGGACCGAUGAGGAAGUCAGAGGCACCCCAGCUCCUGCUCGGGGAGACCAGAUGCCAAGCUUUUUGGGGAAACAGGACGGAAGGGCUGAGGCCACGGAAAAGAGACCCACCAUUUUGCUGGUGGUCGGACCUGCAGAGCAGUUUCCUAAGAAAAUUCUACAAGCUGGCGAUAAAGACCUUGAUGGGCAGCUAGACUUUGAAGAGUUUGUCCAUUAUCUCCAAGAUCACGAGAAGAAACUGAGGCUGGUGUUCAAGAGUUUGGACAAAAAGAAUGACGGACGAAUCGACGCUCAAGAGAUCAUGCAGUCCCUGCGGGACCUGGGGGUCAAGAUAUCUGAGCAGCAGGCAGAAAAAAUUCUCAAAAGCAUGGACAAAAAUGGCACGAUGACCAUCGACUGGAACGAGUGGAGAGACUAUCACCUUCUGCACCCCGUGGAGAAUAUCCCCGAGAUCAUCCUGUACUGGAAGCAUUCCACGAUCUUUGAUGUGGGUGAGAAUCUGACGGUCCCUGAUGAGUUCACGGUGGAGGAGAGGCAGACGGGGAUGUGGUGGAGACACCUCGUGGCCGGAGGCGGCGCGGGGGCUGUCUCCAGAACCUGCACGGCCCCUCUGGACAGGCUCAAGGUGCUCAUGCAGGUCCAUGCCUCCCGCAGCAACAACAUGUGCAUCGUGGGCGGGUUCACCCAGAUGGUUCGAGAGGGAGGGGCCAGGUCCCUCUGGCGGGGCAACGGCAUCAACGUCCUCAAAAUUGCUCCCGAGUCGGCCAUCAAAUUCAUGGCCUAUGAGCAGAUCAAGCGUCUUAUUGGGAGUGACCAGGAGACUCUGAGGAUUCACGAGAGACUUGUGGCAGGGUCCCUGGCAGGGGCCAUCGCCCAGAGCAGCAUUUACCCAAUGGAGGUUCUGAAGACCCGGAUGGCCCUGCGCAAGACAGGCCAGUACUCGGGCAUGCUGGACUGUGCCAGGAAGAUCUUGGCCAGAGAGGGGAUGGCCGCCUUCUACAAAGGCUACGUUCCCAACAUGUUAGGCAUCAUCCCCUAUGCUGGGAUAGACCUGGCCGUCUACGAGACGCUCAAGAAUGCCUGGCUGCAGCGCUACGCAGUGAACAGCGCAGACCCCGGUGUGUUUGUGCUCCUGGCUUGUGGCACCAUGUCCAGCACCUGUGGCCAGCUGGCCAGCUACCCACUGGCCCUGGUCAGAACCCGGAUGCAGGCCCAAGCCUCCAUUGAGGGCGCUCCGGAGGUGACCAUGAGCAGCCUCUUCAGACAGAUCCUGCGAACUGAGGGGGCCUUUGGCCUGUACCGGGGGCUGGCCCCCAACUUCAUGAAGGUGAUCCCAGCCGUGAGCAUCAGCUAUGUGGUGUACGAGAACCUGAAGAUCACCCUGGGCGUGCAGUCGCGGUGACGGGGGGAGGGCAGCCCCGCCCAGCGGACUCGCUGAUCCUGGGCCUGCGGCCCUGGGACCUGUAGCCAUCUCAUUCUGUGAAUGUGCCAACACUAAGCUGACUUAAGCCAAGCUGUGAAAACCCUGGGAUGCGCCCGCAAGGGAGGGGAAGAGCUGGCAGGCCGACCGGGUUUGUCCUGCUGACCCUGGCUGACCCUGGGCUCCAUCCCAGGGGAGACCCAUGGGUAUUCCUCAGGGUCCAGGGGUCAGCAGGACAGAGGCUGUCGCACGUGGGGACAGGACGUUUCCUGCGGUGCCUGCUGAAUAGCAGGGCUUGGAGGCUGGGUCGGUUCUUCACGCCCCUUACAGCCAGACCAUCAGCCACAGGCCUUGCCCCUUGGCCUGCUGGGGGUCUAACCCGGGCCCCCGUUGCUUCCUUCCUUGCUGCUGUUUUCCUGUGGUGGGAGGAGGGCUCCCAGCCCACUCCCAUGCCCCUCCCCACUCCUCUCCCCUUGGUUUGGGGAAAGGUGGUUCCACCUGGCCUUCCCACCCCGACUUCCUGGCCCACAGUGUCGCUGCUUGCUAGGUGGUGCCGGAGGAGGGAGGAGUCUGGCUUUGUGCUCAUCCUCAUCUGAGCCCCACUGUUGGCUUCUGAGCUCACCAACGGAUGGGCCUCUGGUUGUGCGUGUGCAUGCAGCAGGGCAGGCCAGCCCCGCCGCUGGCUGCCUGGCGUCCUGGCGCAUGGCUUCCUGGAAGGCGAGAGCUGGAACCCAGAGGGCUUGUGCUCCCUGCUGCUGGGGGCCUCAUGGUGCUCCGAGCUGGCCCCAGACUCUGUCGGGACUGGCACCAGCUCAGAACUAACUCCCUCUGCCCCCCCGGGCCUGAGGGCAGUGGGGCAUCGUGUUGUAGCGGGAAGGGCUGUUUCUUCCCGUGUCUGCGAGCCCUGGUGAGAGAGAAUGUGUUAAAGGCCUUAAUUAUGUACUGUUGGGAAAAGGGUUUUGUUCAGAAAGACAAACUGGACAAAUGUGCAAAUUCUGUGCUUCCAGAGAGAAGACAAAGCAGUAGACAGCUUGGCUGACUGCUUUAAAAGUCUGUUUCUGAUGCCCCUGGGGUUUAUAUCCAAUCCCAUCUGGGGCAGAGUGGGACCAGCCUCACAUUCCACUCAUGCCACGUAUCACAGUGCUUGGAGCCUAUUUAUUUUGUAUUUAUUUGAACAGAGUUAUGUCCUAACUAUUUUUAUAGAUUUGUUUAAUGACUAGCCUGUCAUUUUCAACUUCAUUUUUUAUUCAUAUUUAUGUUCGUGGUUGACUGUACCUUCCCAACACCGUGAGGUGGGGGUGGGGUGGGGAAAGGAAGGAGAGGCCAGGGGAGGGAGCCUCCCGCCACUGCCCACACCGACGUCAUGUCUGUCCAAAGGAAUUCCUCUUGGAACUGGCGACCAAGAAGGAGGGUGACAUAGGGGACCCCAAACAUGGAGAGGUGUCCUGUGGCAGGUUGGGGCAGCACUGGCACCUCGGAAGCCUUAGGAUCUGAGGGCUUGACUGGGGUGGGGAGAGGGGAGAAAUCUCGAGUCCUUUGAAAAUGGAAGUCCAAAUCACUUCUUGGACUGGAGGAUUUCUUUAUUUCACCCUUUUUGUAUGACAGCGCAGUGAGGUGCCCAUCACUGUGAGUUCGGGGUGGGGGCCUAGAGGAGAGGGCGGCCAGCUCCCCACCCGUGCGUGUGAAGUGGGCUCCCUCCCUCCCGGGCCCCCCAGCUGCUCAUGCUCAAUAAUGCUGGUCACCUUGCAGCUUCGCAGCUGCACUUCAUUCCGCCAGAAGGGCCUGACGAGGACAAUUGAAAUAGGAUGCAAAGAUCAAUGCAAAAGUUAUUGUUAUAUAGAAAUAUAGUUAUAACUGGAAUUUGUGAAUAAGCAAAUUACAAGAGAAUUGGAAGUGUCAUUUAAAACAGCCUUCUAAUAAAGUUGUUUCAAAGCUGA